CAAAGGCAUCCCCAGUUUGAACACCAGGAUAUCCCACCACGGUUUCGUACCUAUAAACAAUAAAGUCUCCAGCCCAAUAGGGAAUUGUACUAACGUGUGGGAAAGGGAAUUAGAAGAGGACAGUGAUUGUGAGUUUUUGAUUGAUGGGAUAAAAAAUGGUUUCUGGAUUAUUGAUAAAAAUGUAACAAUUAGUGAUGUUCUUUGUAAAAACUACAAGUCUGCCACAGAUGAGUCUGUACGAACAAUUGUUGAAGACCAAAUUUCAGAGGAAAUCAGCCGAGGCAAUUAUGUUAUUGUAGACAGAAAACCAAAGCUUGUUAGUAGCUUGGGAGCAAUACCAAAAGGCACUGGGAAGGUACGCUUAAUUCAUGAUUGCUCUAGACCAUGUGAUCUCAGCCUCAAUGAUUAUGCAACGACACAAUCUUUUAAAUAUCAAACCAUUGACGAAGCAAUCAAACUUCUGCCGAGGGGUGGAUACAUGGCAAAACUGGAUCUGAAAAAUGCUUACCGUGUGGUGCCGUUACAUCCUGACUGCUAUGAAGCUACCGGCCUGCUGUGGCAGUUCAAAAACUCAAGACUUCCAGUCUACAUGAUUGACACAAAGCUCCCAUUUGGAGCUUCCAAGAGCCCUGAGAUAUUUAGCCGUUUGUCGUCAUCUGUUCGUAGAAUGUUAAGGCGCAGAGGUUUUGUGGUAGUUGUAUACCUUGAUGAUUUUCUAUGCAUUGCAAAAACAAACUCUGAGUGUUGGAAAGCCUUCAGGACAUUGAGAAGAUUAUUGACCGAUCUAGGUUUUGCUAUAAAUGGAAGCAAAACGGUUGAACCUACUCAGAAACUGACUUUCCUAGGGAUAGAGAUUGACUCUACUACCUGUACCUUAUCCUUACCUGCGGAUAAAUUGCUUGACUUGAAGCACAUAUUAGGGAAGUUGGUGACGAAAAAGAAAGCAACAAAGCGUCAACUUCAGGAAAUUGUAGGUAAAUUGAAUUGGGCAGCACAGGUAGUUCAUGGAGGGCGCACAUUUAUGCGCAGAUUAAUUGACUUAUGUAAUACCCUUAAAAAACCCAAUCACCAUACCAGGCUGAAUGUAUGCGCAAAGGCUGAUAUCAAGUGGUGGCAUGAAUUUUGUGAAUGUUUUAAUGGUACUGUGAAAUUUAUUGAAAAUGAACCGGUGCCCGCAGCAAAGUUCUCCACGGAUGCCUGCAGUGAUGGUGGCGCAGCAUGUUUCGGCCCUGACUGGGUCUAUUAUAAUUGGCAUACAGACUUCCCAUUUGUUGAACAUUUACACAUCAAUGUGAAAGAGUUGUUCACUGUGUAUUUAGCAGUCAAACGCUGGUGUGUAACCUGGACAGACAAACAUAUCAUUGUCUACACAGACAAUACUUAUACUAUGCAUACCCUUAACAAAGGUACUAGUCGUGACCGAUUAGCCAUGCGUUGGCUGCGCAAGAUAUUCUGGUUUUCUGCUGUGCAUAACUUUAAAUUUUCAGCCAGAUAUAUCCCAGGCAAAGAUAACCUUGCUGCUGACUCUCUGAGCAGGUUGCACAAUGUUACAUUUCUUUAUAAAUCAAUACAGUUUAUUCCGUUCUAUUGGUUGUGUUGUGAAACUUGUUACAGGAAGUAUAUUCUAGUGCCAGCAUCCUCACACGUAUCCAAACUAACUUUGUCCUAUCUACAGGGCAAGUGGCUCAACAGUGGCGACACCUAUAUAGCGAGAUGCAGCAGUUUCGACGGGCAACAUAUGCCGAAACUACUAAGCGCACAUAUUCCUCAAUGAAAACUGCAUAUCUGAGAUUCUGUCUGUACUUUAGUAGGACACCAGUUCCAGCCGACCGCAUGACAGUACUGCUUUACAGAGUGUUCCUAACAAGAUCCCUUUCAGCAACUAGUAUUCCAGGAUAUAUGAAUAUCAUUCGCCUGCUUCAUCUUGAGGUGGGGUUACCAAACCCCUUGGAGACAUGGGAACAAAAGGCCCUGCACAAAGGUAUCUUAAGACUAAAAGGUACACCAACAAAACAAAAACUUCCUAUAACACCAGAUAUACUAAGGCGGAUGCACAGUCAUAUGGACAUGUCAGAACCAUUCCUGGUAGCUUUUUGGGCAGCCUGCAUCAUUGCGUUUUUCUGUUUCUUGAGGAAAUCUACCAUGCUCCCUGAAACUAGAGGCAGUGGUUCAAGAAAGCAGACCUACUUGAGUCUGCACGAUGCCAAGAUUUCCCCUGACAAAGAUAGUGCCAUGAUUACUGUCAGACACACAAAAACUAUACAGUUUGGUCAGCGAGUGUUAAAGUUACCGCUGGCUAGGGUACCCGACUCUGUGCUUUGUCCUGUUAAAGCACUUGAACAUUUGCUUUCACAAUAUAGUGAAGAACUUCAACAUUCAAAUGCACCUUUGUUUUCAUAUGUGGACAGAAGUGGAGUCCUCAAGAGUUUAACUUACAAAAGUUUUGUUAAAACAUUGAAAUAUUAUCUGGACAAAUGUGGUUAUGAUUCUGGUGCAUACAGCGGUCACUCUUUCCGCAGAGGCGGAUGUUCCUAUGCAUUUGACAUUGGCAUUCCACCCUUGCUUAUAAAGCUACGUGGUGAUUGGCGCUCCAAUGCAUAUGAGCGCUAUGUUACAGUGUAUGAUGCAAUGCAUGAGAAACUUGCUCAAUCUCUCAGUGCAGGGAUAGUGAACUAAGUCAAACCACAGAACUUUCACCAGGUUAUUCCUCUUGGGGGGUUUGGAGGUUUUAUGUUUCGAUUAAACAUUUGUCAUUAUUAAAUGACCUUUGCCCCCAAGAGGAAUCGUUUGUUUUCCUUUUCCAGCCCAUAUGGCACUAGCGCUGGAUUUCUUGUUGUUUGUCGUUUAAGACAAUUACUUUGUCCGUGUGCUACUAGCAUAUCAACCAAGGAUUGGAUGAUGGAGUUUAAACGUUUAUUUAUCCAGUAUUCAGUAGCUUCUAUGCCGAGAUCAUGGGGAAUGUUUCAAUAAACUCUACAUCAUACUAUACAUAUAUAUAGAUCUAUACUUUGUUGUGAUUUUAUGCAUAGAUUAAUAUGUCAGGGCUAUCAAUGACUUUGUCUUCUCGUUAAACUCAAGGUCCACACUGUUUUGAAAAUACAGCUAUUACUAUCUUCACCUUAUUAUGUCCGCUACUUGUAAAACCAAAACAUACAUUAUGUCGUACAAAGUGUCUGGGCCUAGAUUUUCGAAACGAUUGUAUCCCUAAAAUUAUCGUAAAGUUAUCGUAAGGAAAUCGUAGGCUAUCGUAGCCUAUUUUCGAAACUAUCGUAGCCCUAAGAUAUCUUAAGAUUGUCGUAAAUCUAAGAUAGACCCAUACCUGUCAUAAGUUUAUUUUAUCUUCAUCCAAGAUGGCGGCAUCCUUUUCCGUAGAUAUUUUGCCAAACAAUGUGUCUGCUUUACGUUCAAACGUUGACAUUUAAUUUUGUUAAACUGUGUGAUUCAAAUUGACACUUCGAAAACACGAAGAACGCAUCAAAGAUUUCACGUAAAAAAUGUUCUUAAUCGCGACAGCGAUCCACAUAACUGUGGAGUCGAUAGCUUACAAUAUAUUUCUAUCUGAGUCCAUGCUGAAGAAGUGUGAAACGACAUACCUUUUUGAUAAUUUGGGAAGGAUAAAAAUGGAAGGUGUCGGCAGGAUACAGUAAUGAUCGUGACCUUCUUGAUAACUCAGGGGCAGCUAAUCUUAGUUCAUACUCUAACUGAGAGUGGUUUCCCUUUGUAUUCGCCCGGGGAGGACUUGCUCAAUGUUACAGUGUUCAUAAAGCGCAGAGUUUCGCUGUUAUAUUUUCUGGAUCGCAUUUGUGACAAUGCUUUAGUCUUUAUUUUUGCAUUUUAUAAAAUUGUAUCAGUCUACAUGUGUGAUGAAGUGCAAAAAAAAACAUAAGCAUUUCACAUCAGGUUUUACAUCUAAAAUGGUGUGGGACGAGCGGUUUUAAUAAUUGAAUGUAACUAUACAGUGUAGUAUUUAUUGAUUUAACAAGAAAA